GAAAAAUCGGUGAAAUGGUGGAGUUGUGUCGCGGGUAUAUUUAGAAGCAGAGUGUACGAUGUUGGAAGGUGGACGUGCAGUGGUCCGGCUCCUUGUAUCAGCCCCACGAGCUGCACGCCACCCGAACGAUUCACGUACUAACCAAAUUGCACCUGUUUGAACCCACCAGUUGCAGUGUGUCCUGCACCGUAACCCCAUGACGCAUUUAACACAUGGCCCGCCUGGAGAUACCAAGCAUAGUGGUGCAUAAAGGCAGCAGGUCGCACAGCCGACCUGAGAGUCCCACGGUGGUGGUGCGAGGAGGAAUGCCCUCGCAUCCGUCCUCCAGGCAAGGCUUCGUCAUAGGUGGCCCAAACGCGUCGUACAAGAACAGCCCGGAGCCGGAUAUGAUAGACGGGAAUGCCAAUUCCAAUGUCGGCUCGUCACCCUCGCUCCACCGUACCUCACCCUCCUCCUGUCCGUCUGACAAGACCGACACAGAGAACAGGAACUUUCGUAACAGGGCGAAUACGAAGGUAAAGUUGCUGGUCAGGAGUCAUGCCAUGAGAGAGUCGACGUCUCCCCCGAGGGAGCCACACAACGGUUCGUCCUCUCCGCAUAGUCCUCAGUCGGUGGAUGGCGAGAAAAAAUUCACUGGCAACCUGUCCCCAAGCUCCACCAAGCUCAACAACAACGAGUCGAUGUUCAACAGUAAUCUAUGCUCGAACCAGUCCCCGAAGCAAAUGCGUAACACGGCUACUUCACCUACCUGUCGAGCUCCGUCGCGAAAUGGUCAAUCUAGUCCUUCUCAAGUUCACUCACCAAAGAAUAACACGUCUCCAACGAACGGCCAUAAGUCGGAGCACCAACGUUCCAAGAUGACCGGCUCGAAUCAGCUUAUCCAGAAAUGCAAUAACUGCGUCAAGAACAAUCAGAACGACCGGCCCGGUCUGCUACAGACGCCUGUGUCACCGUCGAAGUCUGGCCAGGCGUUGCAGCACUCGCCUAAGAGCACGAACUUGGCCCAGAACGUUCAGAACAAUCAGAAGUCGGAGCAACGUAGACCGAACAACUUGAACAUCUGUAACAAUCAGUGUGGCACGCAAUGCGGGAAUACUCUGUCGGUGAGCAGACCGGGCUCACGUCACAAGUUGAGGCACCAGAAUUCGUCCCAGGGUAGCUUCGACAGUGCUUCACCAUGUCUGUCCAGAGACAGCAGCACAGAAUUGUACACGGACAGCACCGGUAUAGAUCUCGAGCAUUUCAUCGCGGAGACCAUAAACCGUAAUCAGAAGGACCGCACGGUGCUGUUGAAGAUCGAGAAGGAUUUGAUCGAGUUCGCGAAGGACAAACAAAAGGUCUGUCACAAGUUCCCGAACAUGUCCUCGUACAAUCGAAUGUUGGUGCACCGUGUUGCCGCUUAUUUCGGCAUGGAGCAUAACGUCGAUCAGUCCGGCUCGAGCGUGAUCGUCACCCGUACGAAGAACAUGCGGAUCCCGAACACACGUUUCAAGGAGCACAUCAGGGACGAUCUGAUUCUGUCGGAGGAACCGCGUCGUAGUAUCUUGAAAAGAGAUUCGAGCUCGUUCGAGGACAGCUUCAACUUCAAGUCGCCCGAUAGACUGUCCGGGGAUUACUGCCGGCAAAGCAAGAGCUUCGAGGAACGGGAAGAAGAAUACGAGCGCGCUAGGCGAAGGAUAUUUAAAGACAGUAGCGGGGACAGUAACGAGGUACCUUCGUGGCCUUACUGGUCUUCGACGGAGAGCUCUGACGCCUCCGCUAGGUACCGUUUGCUGCAUCCUUCUGACCACACGAUGAGGCAAACGAAGCUGCUGAAAGGAGAGUCUUUCGACGGAAGGGAAUCUUGUCGGAGCGGUGUCUUGAGGCCAUCCGUUUCGAAGUCGUUCAGCUUUGGAGGUUAUACGAGAGGUAUGCUUUCCAGAGGGGACAGUGUCACGUCUACUCACAGCGCUGGUGCGCGUCUCAUGAAGCAAGACUCAGGUGCUAGCACGUGUUCACGACUGAGCCCGUCGAGCAGCGGCUACAAAUCCCAGAGCCAGCGCAGCGACACCACGAUAUCUCCCUCCCCGUCGCCGUCGCCCGUGGCGAACAUGACGUGCAGCCAUACCCAAGUAUCUAGUCAGGAUCUCGCCUCGCCGGAAUCGAGCAACCAGACAGUGAUAUGGGCGGUCACCAGUAUAUCGAGCGUGCCGCCCGGUAGCAUAAUCAUCAAUCCGCAAACGAAUCAGCCGUACACGAAUCCGGAUGGUUCGAUCUAUCGUUUCGACCCGGAGAACCCGCCAAAGUUUUAUACUGCUGCUACGUCGCCGCCGCACGAGCACGACGCGAACAACGUGUCCCCGUCGAAGAACACGGAGCCAUCCGAGCCAUCCAAAGUAACCAAUAGCAGCGCAAAGAACGAGGGCAACAAGAAACGCUCGCACUCGAACAAAAGUAACGGUGGUAAUUCAACGACGGUCACUCACGUGACGAACACGGCAACGUCGCCCAGUUUGCCAUUCACGCCACCACCCCCUCAGCAGAAUUUACCGCUUCAACAGCAACAACUGCCGCCGCCACAGCAACAACUGCCGCCGCCACAGCAACAGCAGCAACAGCAACAGCAGCAGUAUCAGCCACAGCAACAAACUCUAGUCAAAUCGUCGCCGACGGUGCAAGCUUAUAAUCACAACCAAACGGCUCAACCGUACGCCGCAUACAUACCUACCUCAGAACCGUACAACCAAGGUGUCUAUCAACCCCCUGUGGGGCAGCAGACUGUGAUGAUGGCUCCGCAUCCGAGCCAGGGUCAGCCGAAUGUACAGAAUAACGGCCAAGGGGAUGUGUUUAAUCAGAAUUCGGUUUACGCGAAUUAUGCAGUACCUGUUCAGCAAGGACCAGUGUCGCAGACAACGGAAAUAACGGAACUGUCCGGAUAUUUUAUGGGUAUGAGUAUCUACGAUCAGCGUGUGUCCGGUGAUAAUCAUUCGACGCCGCCGCAUUCUUAUCCGCAACCGCAGCCGUCGACCAACCAGCCGGUGCAGAGUGUACAAUCUAUGCCGCAGAAUUACUGGCAGCCGCCGCCCAACUCGAUGCCGCCGCAACAAACAAUGUAUUUCGUACCCCCUCCCGGUACAGCGCUUUCGGUUAGUCAGGGUCCAGGUGAUAGGCAGCCGUUGCACCAGCAACAAAGAUACCCCACGAAUUAUUCUUUUAACGCGCAAACUAUGACGCCUCCGAGCCAAUCGAAUUCCAAUUAUGUGGGCAGCUAUCCAGUUCCCUACAAUUCUGUACCCGCCGUGACACCAGCGCCGGGCGACUACAGCUAUCAACCGCCGGUUCACAUGGUUCCCACGUAUUACCCACCGGGCCAAGCCGCGAUUCAACCACAACCGGUCAUGUACAGAGUACCCACGCCACCGAACACUCCGACCUCUAAUCAGAUGCCAGGGAUGCCGUUGAUGUACGUCAAUUCGGGCAAUUAUCCACCGCCGACGAUGGUAUCAAAUGGGACAUUUAGUCAUCAAGUCGGGCACAACGGUGCAUCACCUGCGCCACCUGGAGCUUACAUGACUCCCGCGUUGGUUCCCAAUCUCGUCUUCAGACAAAACGUUCCUGUCGUUGCCGGUGUUCGUGCUUCGACGCCGGGUAAUUCUCAAAGGACUAGCAGGUCGCCGACUCCAGCGCACGAGCUGUUCGGAAGUGGGAGCGGGGACAGAAGCGCACAAUCCCAACCACGCUACCCACUGCCAAUGUAUCAGGGUGUCCAUAUUGUGCAAGGGGAUAUGAGAUUGAUGCAUCCCGGAGUACCGGCUAAUCCACGGCUGCAGUAUGCACCAGUACCAUCACCACCUGUUGUUCAAGGUUGUCCACGACCGUACCGACCGCCUUCAUACUCGUCGAACACCUCAGGUGCUGGUACACCCACCUCGUUCGAUGGGCGAAAUCAGAAGAUACGUAAACAGAGGUCCAAAGUAACACCGUUGCCACCGACUGGCGCGCGGCCCAAUCUUUAUCAGACUCCUUCCAUGCCGUCGCUCUCGUCCAACGUGCCCAAAGAUCUCAGAGAAGGGACCGUGAAGGUGACAAUCACCCGUCGUAAUCAACUGGUACAAUAUUAAGGUAGCUGGAUGGUCCUGGUCGAGGAAGAACAACAUUAGGAGAACAAGAAACAGAACGAAGAUGGGACCGGGCUGAACAGAGAACGAACAGAAUCGGAAUUUGGACGUCGAAUAAAAUUCGUUGGUUCACCGGUAUAAUAUACAGAACACUAUUCUUAAUUAAUUCGUCACCGCGUACAUUUAAUCGUCGACGAGAGGACGGAGGAAACGAGAGCAUACACAUAUACACCGUGCUACAAAAAAAAACACACACACACAAAAAAAAAAAGAAACGGUCGAACGAAAGCAGUCACCGCGACGAUCAUUUUGAUAAAAAUAAAAUCGAAUCCGAUAUAUGACCACCGUUAUCGAUUAAGAAAAUUCGAACUGUUAUUCAAAGAUCAAUUCGAGGGAGUUCUAUAUAUUCUAUAUAUGUGUGUGCGUAGAAAGAGAAACAAAAGGAUGUGAGUUUGUUUUUAUUUCUAUUUUUUCUGCAAGGCGGGGGGGGGGCGUACGAUACACACACAGGUACACCGAACAGAGAGUUACUGAACAGAAUUUUACCUAUUAUAAUUAUUAUAUAUAUUAUAUAUAUAUACAGUAUAUUAUAUCUGGAGAUAUUUUAAUCGCGGUUUUACAGAUAACUAUAUGAAUGUGAGAUUUAAUUUUAAGGACAGAAGAAGAAAAGGUACUUUUAAAAAUGAA